UAAGGAGGUAUUAUCGUUUAAGGCAAUUCAUUUAUAAAUGACUGAACCCAAUCUUAACUUAAGGUGAUUUUAGUUACUAUGUGCCAUAGGUAAGUUAAUAAACUGAAUGUUUUCUUGUCUUCAAUUAUGAAAAUGAAUGAUUCUGAGGCAGCCAAGUGUAUACUAGCGACUUGCUUCGUAACUCAAAUUUUCUUUCAAUGCACACCUUUGAGGUAGGAUCAGUUUGCCUCCUAUCAUCUGCAGGUCAAAUGAUAUGAUAUAUUUUAUGGGACGCUUUUUAACUGAGUUCUGUGAACUUGAAAGUAAUCCAGUCACAGCGACCAAUCAGAUCAGAGGUAGAUAUCACAAUGAACCAAGGAGAACCUUGUUAAGCCUACAAUUAACAUAGAGCAUAGGAAAACGGCUUCAGCUUGUCAUCUGAUUCGUUGGGAGGAAGGCGCAAGUUUUCUUAGCCAAUCAGAGAGCGUGAGAAUCCCCCCUCCCCCCCGUAUAUUUUAUAAUAAUAAUAAAUAAUAAAUAAAUAUUUUGCUGAUUAUCCAUUCCUGUCGAGGUAAGGUUACACACCCCUAAAAGAAAGAAGUGCUAAUUUAAAACUGCGCAAUAACCCAAACAAUGUUCAAGAAGCGUUGCCUGACAAAUUAAAACAAUUUUUUUGUUCUGAAGCAUACAUCAUCUUACAGGGCUAUGCUCUGGAGAAAACAGGUUGCAAAAGUGCCAAUAGCUUUUAACAGGAUCUGAAUAAACAACAGCCUCCAGUCCACUUCACCAUAGAACCAGAGAAAGGCAGCAUUUAACUUGCCAUUGCUUGCAACGCAACUUCAAGAGAAGUGAACGUUUUCCUGUCUAGUCAAGAAAGGUGCUCAAAAGUAGAAAUUACUUUUCUGCUGGUCUUACAUUCUAAAUAUUGAAUUUUUUUCAGCUGUUAUUGAUUACUUAAGCGAGAGUGAGGGUUGUGUAUCGUGUUGUGUUACUUCCAAAGUGAGCGUGACUACUUCACAGUGUCAUAAAUACGAUAUGAAUCUAUGUCCACACAUUUUUGAAGACAACAUUCAGAGAAAUCUCUAAGGCUAAAUAGAUAACUUCCAAAUAUGACUAUUAGCCAGAAUAAAUGCAGCGUUGCAAAAGUUCCUAAUCAUUACCCACUGUGGAGUCAUUGAUAUUUAGGCUAGCCUGAGCGUUAUUUUAAUUUAGACUAGGCGGAGCGCUAUUUCGCCAUUUGGUGUUUUAAACAUGCCCUUCUUAGAGCUUACAUCUGGAUGGAAAGUGAAUUGAAAACGCUAAGAAGCGGCCACGUGGCAUCUUUCCAAGUGGUCUCUGUUUGCAAUACCGCUGGCGUGAUGGAUAGUGGCUUCGAAAACAUUUGCCGGUUUCGGUGACAUGGCAAAUUCGAGCAUCAUUGCAUUCACCUUUCUUUGUUUUGCCGGUGAUAGAUUGGGUUCCUAGUUUCUAUACGUUGCAGAAACAUGUCCCUAGACUCUGAAAUACGUAAACGAGCGGACAUGAACGGAGAAAUGGCUUCAGAGCAAGAUGACAUCCUGAUAUCGUCAGAGAACACAAUGAAAGCCACGACCUCUCUGAAGAGUGAUCGAAAAUGGCUUAUUUUGAACACGCACUUGAACGCUGUUAUAUAUUCAUCUUGUUUUUGGGUUCAAAUUGGAGUCCUGCCGUAUUUAUCAAAGAAACUUGGAGCAGACCCAGUGGUGUUUGGAUACCUUCAGACUACAUUUGCUGUGGUACAGUUGUGCGGUGGGCCAAUCUUUGGAAGAUUUGGAGAUAUUUUUGGUAGCAGAGCAGCUCUUGUUCUGUCGUUUGCUGCAGCGGCUUUAAGCUACUCCAUUCUUGGAAUAGCAUCCACUGUAAGCAUGCUGUUUCUUUCAAGACUUCCUUCAGUUUUCAUGCAUGCAAUGCAAGGAUCACAAAUGGUUGUAACAGACAUCUCAGAUCAGGAAGGUCGUGCAGAUGCACUUGGCAAACUGGGUGUGUCAUAUGCAAUUGGAAUGGUUAUUGGUCCCUUUAUUGGUGGUCUCAUCACAAAGAAUUAUGGAGAACAAUCUGCAGCAUUCUUUGCAGCAGCUUUUUCAUUCAUCAGCAUCUUCAUAGCAUUACUUUUCAUCCCACAUAAUACCAAAUCAUUAUCAAAAGGUGACAAAUCUGCUGAAAAGCUGCCAACAGAUAACAAGGAACAAUCAGGCAGUGUUUUUAGUGUCCAGAAGAUCCUUGAACUCAUGAAGAUACCGACAGUGUUUUACUUAAUAACUAUCAAAGUCAUCACAGGAAUCCCGUUUGGAAUUUUCCAGUCCAUGUUUUCUUUGGUGUCCAUGGAAUUUUUUAAGUUGGAGCCUCAGCACAAUGGCUUUGUCAUGUCUUAUGUUGGAGGUCUUUCAAUUCUUGUUCAAGGCCUCAUUGUAGGUGUACUGUCCAGAAGAUUUAGUGAAGCUGUUUUAUUGAGAAGUGCUAUUUGUGUUAUUGCCUUGGCUUAUGCUCUUUUGGUGAGGAAAUAAAGACAGUCUUCUGCUAUGGUUUUGUAGAGUACAAAAUUGCUAAGAUCCCCUAGAGAUGCUGUGGCUAACUAAGCAUUCAGCCAAGGUUUGAAAGUAAAUAGUUUUCCUCUCUUUGUGGAGGUGCUGUGGCCUCACAGUUAGUGUGCUUGUCUUUGGAUAAUGCAGUCUGAGUUCGAGGACACUGCAUUGUGUUCU